AUGACUGUUGUGCCGGAACUCAAACCCCAAGAUGUUGGGGUUGCCGUCCCAAUCGCUCCUCAAAUCAGUCUGGACACUUAUGCCUACGACUACAUCAUCAUCGGUGGUGGAACCUCGGGCUCUGUGCUCGCAUCGAGGUUGAGCGAGGACCCUAGCGUCUCGGUGCUGGUCAUCGAACGUGGACCAGUUGCAGAAACCUGGACCUCGCGUGUACCCCUUCUGUCGUCGAACAUCUUUGACAAGGAUGGUCCCAUACGUACUUGGUGGUCCUUGCCGAUGCGCAACGCGAAUAAUCGGUUUGCGCAAAUUAUGUCAUCCGAGGCGCUCGGCGGUGUGUCGCGCAUCAACGGCCUGCUCUACACACGAGGUACCCCCGGAGAUUACAACCAGUGGAAAGCGCUCGGAAACCCUGGUUGGGGCUAUGAAGAUCUAGAACCGUACUUCGUGAAGUCUGAGAAGACGUCCAGUCAUCCAGCGUCGAAGUUCCGUGGGCAUGACGAACCGGACCUCCAAAGAUCCCUUCCAUACGAAUCAAUAGUGAAGAUUGCGGACAGCAUCGUACGUGCUCUGCAGAAGGCAGGCAUAGAACAAGUGCCGGAUCUGAAUGCCCCGGAUGCACCAGCUGCAUGCGUGGGGCGUACGGACCACAUCGUCGACAACGAUCACGACAGGAGUUCGACCAAUCGCGCGUUCCUCUCUCCGCAGCUCACUCAGGAGCGAAAAUCACGCCUGAAGAUCUGCACGAGCACGCUCGUUACGCGACUCGAGUUGGCCGGGCUGGGGGACGAGUUUCGUGCCGUUGGCGUGCAUUUCGAGGCUAACGACCCGAGAUUGGCGAGGCAGCAGUAUUUCGCCAAGGCCAGACGGGAGGUAGUCCUGUGCGCGGGAGCGCUUGCAUCCCCACAGAUCUUGAUGCUGAGCGGUCUUGGACCCGAGGAGCAUUUGCGACAGAAGGGUAUCUCUGUCGUUCGUGAUCUCCCUGCUGUUGGCAACCAUCUACAAGAUCACGUCGGUCUUCCGAUUAUGUUCGAGGUUCCCAUGCGCGACUCCGUCCAUCAGCUACAGACGAACCCACUCAUGGCCGCGGUCGAGUUCGGGAAAUAUUUGGUCGCUGGCCGUGGUAUACUCUCUCACCCCUUGGAGCUCAUGUCCACGUUCGUCCCAACCCGUCUUCUCGACGAAGACCUCUCGCUCUCCACACAUGAUGCCCGCGAGCUGGACGCAUCCAUCCCGAAGAACCGCCCCGACAUCGAGUUCAUG